UUGACGUGCGCCGAGAGAAACUCGGGGGUGCACAAAGCGAGGACCAUGCACCGUAGGAAUUUCACAGCGUUUCUCGUAGCCGCCGUGCUGUUCUACUGUGGAUGUGUCGUUGGCGCCCACGCUGGACGUGACCUUCACGGUAGUGGCUGGCGCUCUCCCAGGGCUGCGGCUCCUGCCACCACGGACCAGAGGCUAGCCGCACUGAAGGCCGCCAUCGAGACGGCGCUCGCUUCACCUUUGUCGCCUUCUCCAGCCGGCGGCAAGCGGCCCCACGUCUCCGUACUGAGGGCCGGCGACGCCAAUGGACUCAAGAUAAUUCGCAAAGCCGGUGGUGGUGAGCCAAGGCGGAGCUGCCAUGGCGCGAGCGAGGCGUACUCCGACUGUGGCGCUGACUGCGAGCUCGUGUGCGGACGACCCAUGCCCGAGGGCGGCUGCCGCGGCCACUGCAAGCCAGGCUGCAUCUGCAGGCACGGAUACAUCAGGUCAUCGGUGGGCGGUCCCUGCGUGCCGGUGUCCAAGUGCCAACCGGACUGCGGCCCCAACCGCAAGUUCGAGGUGUGCGCCUCGCUGUGCCCCGCCUACUGCGACAUGCGGCCGCGGCGAUGUCUGAGGCUCUGCCGCAUGAACGCCUGCGCCUGCGCCGACGGGUACCUGCUCGCCAGGAACGGCACCACGUGCAUACACCGGGACCGGUGCAAGCGCUUUUGACGAUGUCACGCCGCGCGGAACGUUACCGCGGUGCGGAGCACGUCCCUGUUGCCGUAUAAAGAGGCGGCACCGCUGAAACUGGCAACGUCUCAGCUGCUUUCUCUGUGGCGCAUGAUUAGGAUGCGUUGACUGCUGCCGACACCGGCUCAUGCCAGCUAUAUCUGCAGUAUCGCUAUAAUAUAAGGUCCUGCCAGGUCAACACCUCCAGGUUGACAAAGAAAGGUCGCGCUUGAUUUGCAGAUUGCACCUUGGAAUAGGCCAACGCGUUACUUUUACCAGGAGUGCUCGCCGAGGAAGCGAUUUUGAAUUAACGAAGUAGAUCUCUGUCGCAUUUAAAAAAGAAACGUGACAACUGUCUCUCGUCGUAGUAGAUUGAACGGUGCUUGAAAGAAAGAAAUACACCUCGUUUCAAUCAUUUAAAAAACAUCGUUAGCAAAUUUUGCAACGGACAGAGCUGUUCGUUGGCUAGAAUUGGCGUUAAUCCUGCAUAUUUCCUGUCCGUGACUUGAAACCUCUCGCACCUUCGCCUUCUUCACCGAAGGCAAAUAAGAGUCACAGCUGUAGCUAUAGACCACUGUAUCUACAAACUUGUAGCGCUAUGGUGCUAGGGCCAGCCGUGCACCUGCAUCGAGGUAGCAUUUUAUAAUUAAGCGGUGAUGACAGCUCUUCGCUGUCUACAAUUUGGAGCUGCAUGCACAGAUUUCCCCGAGCUUCUGUAUGCUUCUGGAAACACAGAAAGAAAGCUCGAAUUUCUCAAAUCACCCCUACACCUCUUAUGUGUUUAAGUGAAUAGGUAUUUACUCGGGUGCUUUCUUAUACUGUAUUUUUUAAAUCACAUGCCCAAGUAAGGCAAGAUAGAAACCGGGUGAUAGUUUGAAAUGAGGGUGUAAUUGAAUUGAAAUCAUCUUUCGUUUCUUACAAAUACAAUCACCUUAGUGAUAAGUUCGGUUAUCAUGGGCCCAAGGGGUAAAAGGGGUGCUGUGUACUCUUUGAGAAAAUACGUCACUCUAGCCUUCACAUUACGUAGAUUUGCGUACGUGAACAAUGUGUAAAUGUUUGGUCAAGAAGCGGGCUUGGUGCAGAAGGUAUUAAACAAAAGGGCACGUGUUGGAUGUUAGAAGAAACAAAUGCUUAUUGCAGCACCAUAAAAGCACAUCGACAUUUGGCAACAUCUUCGGUGAAUACGCGCAGCAACGACACGGCACGUUUCCAAGAACAUUUGCACACUACCGGCGUUAACCUGCAUGCUUUAGGACAGCGCUGAACUAACGUGGGCCAAGAGAACAUGGACAUAGACGCGGUGCCUUCUUUACCACUGUACGGUUUUAAUCAGGGCAUGGUGUUCCUUAAAGGACUACUGACACGAUGCUCUUCCGACUCUUAAUUUCUUGCGUGAAAUGAAUGGCCGGGAGCUCGAAACCCUACAAGUGGUACAGUUUCGUCCGUAACGCGAAGCGAUAAGGUGAUGGCUGGCGAAGUGUGAUGCGCAGUAACCCAAAAUGACCGUUUUCUGUGGUGUUUGCCGGAGCGAGCAUUCGAAGGGAAUACGAGCGACAAAUCUCCUUUCGAGAAGUAAAAGUAGUGCGAGUUGUAUUCGUUUCCAUUCAAGGCAAAAUGUUAUUGCAAUGUUCGACACUUCGAAUUCCUUCCGAAGUCGAAUAACAAGAGUUGCCUUAUUUCAGUCUUUAAGAUUGGAAAAAAAUUUGAAGUAGACUUCUGCGACCUUGCAUAAAAGCAACUAAAUUUCCCGCGAAAGCUGUUUACUUCGAGCAGUCGCACAGAGAGUUUCAGGGAUUGUAAAUAAAUGAGAUAAUUGAAAACGUUGCGAAUUGAUCACUUUCCUUCCUGAAACCUUGCCCGAAUAUAAUGCUUUCCAGCACUCGUUGGGAUUCUUUUUUUUGUUGAAAGACAGUAAUUCAUCCGCACGCAAUUUUCUUCACCAGAACAUAGGCGAAGUGAAUUGAUGAUACCAAGAAAAGCUAAGGUUUAUUUAUUAUUCAUAACUUUCCCACUUGAACAGGAAAAUUUCGGGACACAUUUCGGAAACCAUGCAAUACACUUUGCCUGCAACAACGUGCGAUACUUUUCUAACGCAGGCUUCUCUCGAGAAAUAGGAAAACUUGGCUAAAAAUAUCAGCGUGAUAUUUCGUGCACUUAAUAAAUGAUCUUUUUUUACCAAGGCACUAAUUGACGCACACAACCUUGGCACAUAAUUUUGCGAUAGCGUUCCGUUUAAGUUCAUUGAACUUGCCUGGCUGAAAGAGCUUUUCUGGCAUUUAUAUUUACGCCAGAGCAGCUGGCAAAAUUUUGCGCUCAUCUUAAAAACAUACUCCUGAAGUUUCGGAGCGCGUGCAUACGUAAUUAAAUUGCAAAGACCGUAAUUACUCCCCCACACACUUUGAAUUGUUCGCAUUGUUCAAUACUUUCCGCUUAGUUCCGACCAAUGUGAAGUAGAUGGCUUGCGCAGUUCAUAGAUUACGCCGGAGAAACAAAGUGCAGUGCUUAGCGAUUCAAAUGCAAUGAUCGAUGCGCACGGCUCCCUGCACUUAUUUCGCCACCAGUGGACGCUGGGAGCACCGAGCUGAUUCGUUGUAGUACACUCCGAAAACGAGAGCCUUUGUCACGCAUUGUGACUGGGUUUGAUCGCCUAGCGAACACCUGUAUAGCAAAACGUACCGAUGGUCAUGCGGACAGAUUAUCACGUUUGCAUGGCUGAACACUGUCGAUUUCUCGUAUUGCUCAUAGAAGAAAAACACAAAAUAAACGAGGGUUUAAUAAUUAUUCGUAACGUAUCUGCUUAAUUUAGGUCAGGAAUGCAAAAAUCUCACGACACACUGGAGUUAACACAACGCAUGCUCCUAGAAAGCAGAACUUUCUUUUUGUCUGACACAGAGUUCUCUCGGGACAUUGGUAAACGUAGUUGAAAACGGCAGCCUGACACUUUCAAGCACUCGCUAAAGGAAUUUUUUUGUACCAGGUCAGUAACUGAUAAAGAGGUGUUUAAGUUGGCACACAAAUUUGCGAUAGCAAUCCCUUCCAAGUUAGCUGAACUCAGUCUUUCUGGCAUUUCAACUUGCAUCAGAGGAGCUGGCAAAAUUUUGCGCUGUUCGUAAAGCAUGUCAAUACAGCUCCGGAGCACUUGCGUAGGAAAUUUACUUUAUAGGCUGUAAUUAACCCACCCACUAUGAAUUUUGUGUUCACAUUGCCCAACAUUUUGUCCUUUGUUUAGUCGAUUAUAGACAAGGUGGCUUGUAUAGUUCAUUGAGGUCACCGGAUAAACCAAGGAAAUGGCUCAUAUCACGCAUAACAGAAACAAAAGAAAGGAGGGUUCGAAAAUUCUUCAAUAUUCUUGUAUUCAAGCCAGCAACAAGCAAUUUUCACCACAGAGAGAGAGAGAGAGAGAGAGAGAGAGAACGAGAGAGAGAAACGAAAAGGGAAAGGUUGGGAGGUUAACCAAGGACGUGUCCGAUUGGCUACCCUAGACUUGGAAGGGGUAAAGGGGAAGAAUAGACAAGAAGGAGAGUGGAGUAAAAUAAUAAAGAGUCAGUCAUCCACAGUCAGUCGCAGCGGAAUGUCCACUGUCACCAGCGCUCAUACCGUCCGGGAGCCUUCAAGAAGUGCAGAAGUGCUUUUGUGGCCUUUCGAAUGCAAGAAUGAAUAGGCCAUCGUCCCAGGAUUUUUUUCUACGAGAGUACUCCAUUACCUAAUAGGCUAAUGUUACAUUCUAGAGUACGUCGUUGAGAGUCAAAGGAUGGGCAAUGACACAAAAGGUGCUCUAGAGGCUCAUCGCACCCGCACAGAUUGCACGCCGCACUGUUGGUCAUUUCUAUCAUCAACGAUUAGGAAUUUGUAGAGCACUUGCCAUUCCCCCUAUAUUCAUUGAAUAUGAGAUUGCUAGUAUUUGGCUUUGUUUCUAUGACACUGGGAAACAUCGCGGACAACGGCAUCGUGACACUGUCGAACGCUUGAAUAGGUAACUUGCUGCAAAGGCUGUAAAUCACCUACAUACCUCAAACGUUCCGUAGGCGUUACCCAUACAGUGGUACCCAUACGAAAGCUCCGCUGUUUUCAGUCCUCUCAGGCUAGUGUAAAAACGUUUUAGGCACUUCAUAAAACCACUGUAAACGGGCGGCAAUUGAGGGCUUAGCAAAUUCAAUUUAACCCCCGACUGACACACAAAAUUCAAAAUUUGCCUACGCAUUGCACGCAUCUUUCAUCACAUUUUCUCAAUAUGUAAAUUUCAUGGGCUACUUUGUUCUAUCAGAAAACACUAAAAACUUACUUACCUAAAACGUUUUCGAGCCCUUUUAAAGCCGCAUUAACAGUUUUGUUGCGAAAAAAAUUAUCCCACGCCCCUUAAACAUGAAGUCAGCAGCGUUAAUUAUGCGUGAAACAGAUGGCUCUCGAGACGGCAUUUCUAGAGUUCAGGAGACCUGGUUUUCGACAUCUCUUCGCUCUUCCCCAGCGGCAGAGCUACAGAGAAGAUUUCGAAGAGGUUUCUUUUCCAAAACUAUCCUCCAUACUUCAUUGUUUCAUGUUUGCCAGCUGUAGUUUCAAGGGGCUAGAGACUCACUACAACGAUGCUCGUACACUGGGUUAGUCGCGAUAAUUUUUCGUUCAGCUACGUUUUAUUGCAUGUGGCGCUACUCAUGGGAAAACGAAGAACAAGUUAUAAUAAGCCUCCAUAGGUUGGAACCGCUAAGGUGUAAUAUGAAGGCAUCAAUGAUCGCCCUUGGUAAUUGUCCUUUCAGCAUUGAAGAGUUUCUUGGGCCAUGGGUAACGCCUCUAUACAACGAUCAGCUCUAAAAGUUUUAAUAAACGUCUUUAGCGAUAUUGAUAAUGUAUUUUUGCAUGAACACUUUGUGUGUCCUUGUGUGUUAUUGUCAUGUCGCGGUGUUCAGUGUUGGUUAUAGAUUCAUUUGUGUUUAAUUCUAGAAAGCGCAGAAAGUGUUCCUUUUGUUUCUGUACUGUCUGUUUUUGUUUAAGCAUGUUUACGAAACAAUGUUCAUUGCCGGACCUUUCUUUUUUUCAUAUCCCCUCACGUCAUCAUCAU